CCUGGGCGAUUGUUGCUGUCUGGACGAGGAGCAGAUUCAAAGGAGAGGAUUCACAUCAAGCCUUGCCUCAUUGAGGACCCGACCCUGAGUAUUUGGGGGCUGUUCAGGUGAUACCUUUCAAGUUUUUUAUUGUUGCUGUGAAGUAGUCCGUGAGGAAGGAGUGACCGACCAGAUUGAAAUCGGCGUGUCCAACCCGAGAGGAACUUCAACUUUAUUCGUCUAUUAAUCAAUUACUGUCUUGCCUCGUUGAGGGCCCCAUCCUGAGCGUUCGGGAGCCAUAGAGAUAACAUCAUGGAUCGACUGAAGAAGGCGAGGGCUCCAGUUCGAGCUUCCAUUACCAAGACGGUGGAUGGUGUAGUUGCUGAGUUGUCGAAAGAUCCAAAGGACUCGAGAGAACUUACCAUCAAGUUAAGGAAGUUGGAAUCCCUGCAGACGUCGAUCAGAGAACAUGAUGAAAAAGUGCUUACCCAGAUGUUGGAUGACAAUUGCACGGCGGGGUCUUAUGGGGAUGAGAGUGCAGUGAAUGAAGAAUAUUCAGAUAGAAUCAGAGUUUCUAUCAUGGAUAUUGAGAAGAUUCUUAAUGCAGAAAUCCGUCCACCAAGUCCGAGUGCAAGUAGCAGCUAUGUCACCGUGAAUGGGGAGCGUAUCAAAAAGGAUAGAAGCUUCAAACUGCCCAAGAUCGAGCUACAGAAAUUCGAUGGGAGUUGGAAGAAUUGGUUGGGGUGGUGGGCUCAAUACCGUCAGAUUCACGAAGAUGAUGAAUUGCAAGUAAACGUGAAGUUUCAGUAUUUGAUUCAAGCCAUUGUCCCCGGAUCAGAAGCAGAGAAAGUGAUCAAGAUUUAUCCGCGCUCGGAUCAGAAUUAUCCAUUGGUGGUUGAGAAGCUGAAGUCCCGGUUUGGUGAUGAGAAGAUUUUACGCCAAAUUUAUAUUAGACAAUUGUUGGGCCUGGCUAUCAAUAGCGCCGCGGAUUCAAGAGAAGAUGCCGACGUGGAAGAAUUGCAUGACCAGUUGGAAGGUCAUUUGAAGAGUCUCGAGUCUUUGGGGAAAGUUAGUGAUCCAAGUGAACUCAUUUAUCCAUUAGUGGAAUCCAGUCUGCCACAGCAAGUGUUACUCAGGUGGCAGAAUAGUAAUUUGAGGGUACGCGAGAAGAAAUCAGACUUGUCUUCUGCUACCAAUUUAGAAAACCUGAUGGAGUUUUUGCGGCUGGAGGCACAGAAUGCCAAAGAAAGAAAAUUUGUGCUGUCAACCUUCAGGCAAAGUCUAGUCAAGAAUAGAGAGAAAGUAAACGUGUAUGCAGAAAGUGAAUGUGAAGAUUUCUCUACUGCUGCCGGUCUCUAUUCAAGUCAUCAAGCUGACCAGCGAUGUGUCUUUUGUGGAAAGUCGAAUCACAAAAGUCAGAAGUGCUAUAAGGCUCAGACAUUACCUCUCGAGGAGAAGAUCCUGGUGAAGGAGAAUCGGGGAUGCUUCAUCUGCCUGGGAAGAGGACAUUAA